UCUGCGUGCAAGAAUGUUUUUCUUUUCCUUCUAUUUUAAGCCAUCAAGCUUUUUAGUCAGGUACAGAGCCAAACUGAGUAACUGGUUGUUGGACUUGAAAACAGAGCCCCAAUCCGAAAUGGCAACACUCUUCUUCUUCCCCUUUCUACUUACUCUCCUCCACUCCACCUCCGCCACGUCAUCAUCCCCACCCACCAUCGAGCUCUUCCGCAACCUCACCGCCGCUCUCUCCGUCACCGACUUCGGCGCCACCGGAGACGGCGUCACCUACGACACCUCCGCCAUCGAAUCAGCCAUCGACAGCUGCCGCACCACCCCCUGCCACGUCACCUUCCCGAGUGGAGGCACCUACCUGACCGCGACGAUCCGCCUCAAAUCCGGCGUCGUUUUGCACAUCAAAGAGGGCGCGACUCUCCUCGGCGGCACGCGGCUGCGGGACUACCCGAUCGAGCAGGAGCGGUGGUACGUGGUGCUGGCCGAGAACACCACCGAUGUAGGGAUCACCGGCGGCGGAGUCGUCGACGGCCAGGGUCUUGAGUUCGUGAAGAGAUUCGAUGAGAAGAAGAAUGUGAUGGUCAGCUGGAACUGGACCGGGGCUUGUUUGGGAGACGAGUGCCGGCCCAGGCUCGUCGGCUUCAUUGACUGCAGAAAUGUCAAGCUUUCCAAUAUUGAGUUGCGUCAGCCGGCUUACUGGUGCUUGCACAUUGUACGUUGUGAACACAUUACUAUUCAAGAUGUUUCAAUUUAUGGAGAUUUCAAUACACCCAAUAAUGAUGGGAUAGAUAUUGAGGAUUCAAAUAAUACAGUCAUUACUAGAUGCCAUAUCGAUACCGGAGAUGAUGCUAUCUGUCCAAAGACGUACACUGGCCCCCUUUAUAACUUAACUGUAACAAAUUGCUGGAUUCGGACCAAAUCUUCCGCAAUCAAACUUGGCAGUGCUAGUUGGUUUGAUUUUAAAGGUCUGGUGUUUGACAAUAUCACUAUUGCAGAUUCUCAUAGAGGGCUGGGAUUCCAGAUACGUGAUGGAGGAAAUGUGAGUGAUGUUAUCUUUUCAAACAUUAAUAUCAGCACAAGAUACUAUCAUCAAUCCUGGUGGGGAAGAGCAGAACCUAUUUAUGUGACUACUUGUCCACGCGAUUCAUAUGCAAAGGAGGGUUCAAUCUCUAACCUACUCUUUGUGAACAUCAGUGCAAAUUCAGAGAAUGGUAUAUUUUUAUCAGGCUCUAAAAAGGGGCUUCUUAGUGAUUUGAGAUUCAUCAACUUGAAUCUGACCUACAGCAGACGGACCAACAAUGUGGGUGGGUUGGUAGACUACAGACCAGGAUGCCAAGGGCUGGUAAAGCACAGCACAGCUGGAUUCAUCAUGGAGUACAUUAAUGGCUUAGUGUUUGACAAUAUUUACAUGAGAUGGUCCGAUGAGCAAUGGUCUGCUGAGCAAUUAGGACAGUGGAAUAAUCCCUUGGAUUUCAGGUCUUCUACUGUAAAUAACAUAUCUAUGCUUAAUUUUCAUUCAAGCCUAUACACACAGUGAAAGAGAUAGGAAGAACCACUAAAUUGUCAUUCUUUUGAUUGUAUGCGUGGGACACAUUAGUUCUUGUCAUAUGUGAUAGUUCAGGGUAUUAAUUCAGUUUGGUUCGACAGUUUAUA